GGAGUUGGCGAGGAGAUGAUAGGUAGAUGUACUUGAAAAUGUAUACGUGACAAUCAUACAUUUAUUAUUUUAACGCUCCCCGGCGAGUUUUUAAUAUUAUAUACACACAAGCGCUGAAUAAGUGGUUGCGUUUGACGUGUGUGCACCCGUGGAAAACUCAGAAAAACUAGGUAAAGGUAUAUAGUGGUCCAUAGUACAUACUCAGCAGCGCGAAAGCGAGUCAGUUGUUGUCUGCUCGUUGCUCCCAAUAGACGACUUUGGGUCGAAAGUGGACUCUAUCUCACAAGGAUGGACAGUAAUCGCCUGGGCGCCGGAGUUCUGCUGCUCUGCGUCCUGCUCCUGGGCCAGCUGGUAACGUCGAAUGUCGUGCCGCAGCAGAAGCCCGACGACAAGGCUGCCUUGGACGACCAGGACGGCCUCUACGGCGGCGAUGAUCUCGUCUACGUGCUCAACAUUACGAAUUUUAAGACCAGCGUCCACGACAGCGGCAGGGCCUGGCUGGUACAGUUUUACAACAGCUACUGCGGCCACUGUCGCAAAUUCGCGCCCUUUUGGAAGGCAUUGGCCAAGAGUAUUUACGGUUGGAAAGAUAUUGUAGCAGUUGGAGCCAUUAACUGUGCCAAUGAUGAUAACAACCCUCUUUGUAGAGACUAUGAAAUCAUGAGCUAUCCUACAAUCAGAUUCUUCCAUUUAAGAUCAACUAAUGAUAAGGAUAAAAUAGGAAUCGACAUGAAGAAAGAUUUUAGUGAAAAUUCUUUGAGACAGUACUUGAUCGACCAGUUGAUAAAAGACGAGCAGGAUCAAGAAGCUGGCCUUAAUUGGCCAAAUCUUGUACCUUACAGGAAUAGUGAGAUAAAAACCUUGUGGGAAAAAAUCCCAGAAAGUGUUCAGUAUCAGUUUUUGAUUUUUGAAGAGCCAAAUGCUUAUCUGGGAGCUGAUGUUAUUUUAGACUUGCACAAAUUAGAAAAUACAAGAAUCAGAAGGAUAACUUCGAAUAAUUUAGUUCUCACUUCUGCAUUUGCUGUAAAAAAAUUUCCUUCUGUCAUUGUUAUUGAAAGAAAAGACAAAUCAGAACACCUAAAAACUGAGAUUCUCACUAGAGAGGCGAUUGUAAAAGUAAUUACAGAAUUUUUACAAUCAAAGGGGAUAUCUAUUGAAAUAAAAAAAGAUGACUUUGAUUUAAAACAUAUUAAUCACGUGUCACAAGAUAACAGCAAAACAAACGAUCACCUCUCAAGAGAUAAUGUUUAUCAACUGGACUUGGAGACUGCUCUCAGGUAUUCUCUUAACAACGAAAUCCCAUUGUCUUUCAAUAUUUCUGGUGAAAAAAUGACAGCAUUAAAAACGUAUCUGAAGGUGUUAGUCAAAUACUUCCCAAUUCAUGUAAUAAAAAUGAAAACUUAUUUGGAAAUUUUGCAAGACGUAUUAGAUACGAAAAGCAAUAUUUCCGGAAAAGAAUUCAAAGAACAGAUCAAGCUUAAGGAAAAAGGACUAGCACCAGUCUACUCAGCAAAUUUAACGGCUAAAACGUACAUUGGCUGCAAAGGCAGUAAACCGACGUUUAGAGGCUAUCCUUGUGGAUUGUGGACUCUGUUCCAUACAUUAACAGUGGCGGCAGCCGAGAAAGAGGCAAACAAUGACAAAGACGUACCUUCUGUAUUGACAACUAUGCAUGCUUACGUAAAGAAUUUUUUUGCGUGUGCUGAAUGUGCCCAACACUUCCAAGAAAUGGCAGCUAAGAGAAAACUGUUUGAUUCUCGAGGUGGGGACGAAGACGUGCUUUGGUUGUGGCGGGCCCACAACGAGGUAAACGAGAGACUAGCCGGAGACGCAACUGAAGAUCCUGAGCACAAAAAAAUCCAAUAUCCAUCAGCAGAACAUUGUCCUGACUGCCGACUGUCUGACGGAAAGUGGAAUGAACACGAGGUUCUUAAGUACCUCAAAGCAAAGUACAGUAAAGUAAAUAUUGAUUUGAAGGGCAUCAGUGAAACGGACUUGGAACAUGAGAUCAAUAUGAAUGCAGCUAACUCGGGGGCGGGUUACAAAAAGUUUGGCUGGGACUUUACAAUAUUUGAUUUUAGCAUUUGUGUGGUGCUCUACGUAGUUUCAGCUGCACUUUUGAUACUGGUGUGUCUCAAGUUUGCGUAUAAAAGAACUUACAAAAAAAAGAUGUCAUUCCAAAAUAUGUUUGGCUUGGUGUGAAAAUCAAGGGAUUUGUUUGUGAAAUACAUGUGAAGCGUGCCCUGAAAAUUUGAAAUCCAAGUAUGUUUAACAAAGACUUUUUUUCCAUUUUGAUACCUUGUACUGUACGUUAGUUUAUUAUAUACUUGUAGGUGUGCAUAUGAGAAGUACACUUAUUGUACUUUUGUACAUAGGUUGUGAUACAUUCCCAGUUUUCUUGAAGGCAAUUAUUGUUCAAUUGUGAAAGCGCAAGAAUAAGAAUUUCGUCCAUUUUGUGUGUAUUAAUUGUAUUGUUUUAAAUAUUUGUACAGUCCAAUUGUCUGUUUGUAAUAUUACAUUUUUAAUAACAUUGUUUACCAUAAAA